AUGGAGAGAAGGUUAACGUGCAAGGCAAUGGCUGUGCUCUGUUGCAUCAGCCUCAUUGAUUGCAUAAACUUCACGAUGCUCAUUCCUUAUGUGGAUGAACUCGUGGCACAUGUGCUUGGGAGACCUCCUGGAGAUCCCGGCAUAUCUAUUUGGGUUUCCGUUUUGGUGGGAUCCUACGCGCUCUGCGAGGUUCUCUUCAGCCCCAUGUGGGGGAUGCUGGCCGAUAGGUUCGGCAGACGUCCAGUCUUGCUUGUUGGGCUUGCUGGAUCCGCAGCGGCUUCGCUGUUGAUGGGCCUUGCCGACAGCUAUCCGGCUGCUCUGGCUGCCCGGCUCUUGGAUGGUUUCUUCUGCGGCAACGAGUGCGUUGCAAACACUUACCUGGGCGAGCUAGUGGACAGCGAGAACGAGGCUCGAGCCUUCGGCAUCCUGGGCGUUGUCUUCUCAUUCGGCCUCUUCCUGGGUCCUGUUCUCGGUGGAGGUUUGGCACGCCCGGCAAGCUGGGAAUCGCAGGUUUUUGCGGGCACGCUCUUUGAGCGCCACCCUUUCCUCCUUGCGAACUUGCUCUUUGCCUGCUUGGUGGUAGCUGUGUUUCUUCUAGGCGCUGCCGCUUUAAAAGAGACCCGCGGGCAUGAGCCAGCUUCAGGCUUGCUGCGAAGCGACGAGGCAAUAGACGCGCAGAGACGCCAAGCUCUUCUUCCCCAGGGCCGAAGACUUUGGCAGCUCUUGAUUGCAAGCAGCCUUCUUUGCGGCUACAUCGCGGCUCGGUUAAACAGCUUCAUCCUCGUCUCCUCCCUGCCGAGGACGUUGCAUGGCCUUGGCAUAUCUUCGCAGGAAUUUGCAGGUGUUCAGGCCUGUGCUGCCUUCAUGUUGGCCCUUAACCAGACGACUUGCUAUGGCUGGCUGGUCAGAAAGGUCGGGAAUCACACUGGCUAUGCCGUAGGGUUGCUCUGGACGAUCGCCAUCACCUUGCCCAUGCCCUUCUACUACAUGGGUACUGACGCGAAUCCGUCCGAGGUGGUUCGUCUGCUUCCCAUCACAGGCUGGCAGGCGACGAGCCAGCUUGGAUUUGGGAUUGCCUUCCCUCUUUGUACGGUUCUCGUGAAUAAGGAGUGCACAGCCCGAAAUCGCGCGGUCGUCAACGGAUGGUGUGGCUCUCUGAAUGCCCUGGCACGUGGCUUGGGACCGGAGCUCGCCGGUGCCUUGGUACACCUGGGCUGCUCCCUAGAGACGCCGGAUCUUCGUCUCGGACGGUACCUCCCCUUCUAUGCCAAUCUGGUGCCUGCCGCCGUCAGUGCUAUUCUGGUCCUCCAUCAACGGCCUCGAAGCCGAGAUUCCGAUGGAAGCACAGCAUGUGAACUCGGGACACAACCAAAUGAGCUUUCAUAG